GUUUAAUCUUUUUUAUUUCCUUAGGUGAUGACGCGCUUCCAAAUGGGCUAGAUGUCACCUUUGAAGUGACCGAGUUAAGGAGGCUGACAGGCAGUUACAACACCAUGGUCGGAAAUAAUGAAGGCAGCAUGGUCCUUGGCCUCAAACUCCCCAAUUUGCUAGGACGUGCAGAAAAAGUGACUUUUCAGUUUUCCUAUGGAACAAAAGAAACGUCCUACGGCCUGUCCUUCUUCAAACCACAGCCUGGGAACUUCGAGAGAAAUUUCUCUGUAAACUUGUACAAAGUCACCGGACAGUUCCCGUGGAGCUCGCUUCGGGAGACAGACCGAGGAGUGUCAGCCGAGUACAGUGUUUCUGUGGCGGGCGGCGAUGUCUGUGGAACCUGAGGGUCCGGAGGGAGCCCACGGCAGUGGCAGUUACAGUGAAAUGGCGGAGACCGUGCCAGACACCCAGCAGCUGGUCACCGAGCCGCAGAACCUGAAUGACACCUACAGGCAGCCCAGCAACUUCCUCGAGAUCGAUGUGAGCAACCUGCAGAUGGUGGAAGUUGGCCAGGGCUGCUUCACCACCUCCGAGAUCAGGGUCAAGACAAAUCUUCCUGUUAUCAGGCUGAAGGAAUCUGCUGUUGGAAGAAGAUACAGUGACUUGGAAUGGCUGUGAAGUGAAUUAGAAAGAGAGAGCAAGGUUGUAGUUCCCCCACUCCCUGGGAAAACAUUUUUGUGUCAACUUCCUUUUAGAGGAGAUGAUGGAAUAUUUGAUGACAAUUUUAUUGAGGAGAGGAACCAAGGGCUGGAGCAGUUCAUAAACAAGGUCGCUGGUCAUCCACUGGCACAGAAUGAACACUGUCUUCACAUGUUUUUACAGGAUGAACUAAUAGAUAAAAGCUAUACUCAUCUAAAGUAAGACAUGCUUGAAAUUUGGCAAGAGGCAAAAACAUGACCCUUAAUGAUUCCUGUGCACCAAUGAAGACAUUCUAACUAUCCCUUAGCAUGCUGCCCAGAGAUUGGUAUAACAUGCCUUCAGUACAGGAACACUCAUGUGCUCAGUUUUGUUUGGCAGUUGACAAGUUAAUUUACUUUAGUGAAAAUCUCUCAUUCCAGCCUUUCUAUAUAAAUAGCUCUUCCUUGCUGUUUUAAUGUGGUAUACACUAUAGCCUCACAAACCUUCCUAUAUAAUCUGCAAUGUCCUAACUAAAGAUUCUGAUGUGGUCUCAUUUGCACACACACACAAAACUAAAAUAAAAACAUAAAUUAUACUGUUCCAGAAAUCUCGUUAGGAAAUACCUGGAGACACAGAAUUCGGGUAAAAUAAUAAAAGUUCCACUUGCAAGUGGGUGGGACCUCUAGAAACCAGUCUGCUUAGUAUCCUUGUGCCCCUUUAUUUAGUGAUUUCUUUUUAUAUCCUUUUUAACCAUUAUCUCAUCCCUAGUGGUCUUUGAUGUGUAAAUACAAUUC